UCUACACAUAACAUCAAUGUUGUAAGAUUACAGUCGCUGCUGAUGCUCCAGUUGGCGCCUUUCCAAAAGCCGAUGGCAGCCUGUGAUUACCUCAUGGUUUGUGGGUUGUGGUAGGAAGGCGGAUUCUGUGGCUGGUCACCUGAACGUCUCAGACUCCGCUGUUGUCGGCGUUGCCCGCAGUCUGAUGGAACGUAGGAUCUGGGGAAGCAUCAGGAAAGUGUGACAACCGUUCCGUGGAAACAGAAGAAGGUGCACCGAUGACCUAAACCGAUGAUCUGAAAGCUUGACACUUCAGGACACAUUUCGCCGGAUCUCCAUACAGGAUGUUGGCUGCUUCUACAGCGACAGGUAUGAUGGAAGGGACCCAUAGCACUCUGUAUCUGUAUCCGCCAAUCAUGGAGAGGAGCCUGGUGAGGCCAUUCCAGGAGCCCCGUGCACAUCUUCCCCUGAGACCAAUCUAUCCCCCCGGGAGCCCCUUCCUCCUCUCCGACACCAUCCCCACCCGCAGGGGCCCCUUGCACGCAUUCACCCCAAACCACCACCCCAAGGGUCCCAUGCCCAUAUGUAAGGGUCCUGAUGGCCCCACCCACAAGACCGCCGCCUCCCCUAAAGGCCUCCCAAUCACAGCCUGCCAUCCACGAGAGGAGGCGCCAACCGAGACAGGUUCACUUGAGGCUGAAGAACGUGGGUUUAAAAGGGAGAAGCAAAGUGUCAAGCAGAGCAUGAAGGGGGCCGGUUUCAGAUCGUCGUCAGGCUCUGAGCUCCGCUGGUUGGCAGACCUCCACCUUUCACCCCUCUGCUCAGAUUGCAAGGCCAGGAUCGGGAUGGGGAACCAGGGAGGGAGGCUCAUGCGUCUGGCCUCUGCAGACAGCGAAUUUGACUGUUUGUCUAGACCCCCGACAGAAAACCAGGGGACCAGGAGGCGGAGCGCUGAGGUGCUGAGCCACACCCGUAGCCUCCUGGACACCGUCACCCGGUCCACGGGGACCCCACACUCAGCCGGCACCUCCAGGAGAAGGAGGCCGAAGAGGCUGUGGAUGAGGAGCGGACAGCCGGUCAACGAGUGCCCCCAGUGGGGAGCGCGGGAGCCGAGACCAUCGUAUCCGUCUUGUGGUGUCUCCGUCUUCUGUGUCACCAAGAGAAAGAAGAAAGGCGUGCAAGAAGAAGAGAAAGGGAAGACAGAGUCAAUUCCAGGCAAAGGGACAGCAGUGAUACCCAGAAGUUCAAACCUUACUUGGGGAGUGCAGAGGCCGUACGGCAGGCCCUACAGCCCUGUUCAGGAUUCCCUCAGGGCGGUUCUUUGUGAGAAUAGAUCUGGUUGCCCGAACAAGGUGCUCCCGUUUGAGUACCACUGCCGUUCUCACCAUCCCAGGGAUGUCCUGACCCUAAAAGGAACACCGGCGAACACUGAAUCUGACGGAGAGCAUUCGGAGUAUGACAACGAAGCGCUGGUCUCCCGGGAAUGCACCAGGCAGUCUCCAGAAGGCGGGACGGCCCGGACCCUGAGCCCCAGCCAGGAGGGGUGCAGAGUGGGGGAGGAGGGCGGCAAUGCUGCCUGGGGUGUAAUGGGGAAAAUUGGCGAGGUGGAGGGGAUUGUUCGGAGGGUCGGUCUGACAAGCGCUGACUCUACCGAAGAGGAGACUGAAGAGAGAUUGGAAAGUGUGUUUGGUCUGUUUACCUCUUUGCCUGAUGGGUGUAUCUCUGAGACCCUGACCCAGGCCGCUGUCCAACCUCCACCCGGAACCCUGCCCCAGGCCGCUGUCCAACAUCCACCUGGGACCCUGCCCCAGGCUGCUGUCCAACCUCCACCUGGGACGCUGCCCCAGGCUGCUGUCCAACCUCCUCCUGGGACGCUGCCCCAACCCCAAACCCUGCCAGAGCUCCAGGAUUGGGGGAGCACUCGGGAAGAUCCUCUUCCAGCUGAGGAACUCCGUGCCCUGGGUGAGGCUUUGAGCCAGAGCCUGCGGAGAGCCCUGAGAAUGGAAGGCCUGGGGGAGGACGAGGACUGGGAAACCGUGAGGUGUAGAGAGGAGUUUACAGAAUCCACCUGGACCUAUGACGUCACGCCCCCAAAGAACACUUCCCCAUGGAAAUCCCACAGCCGCCCCACCAACCGCUCUGAUCUCGCCUGUGACAACACAACAACCUUUGAGUCAAUGAGAGAAUGGAAGUGUCCCUUUUCUCUCUCUCUCUUGGACACCUCGCAUAGCCCCAGUAGCGUUGACAGCAUGUCCCCCAUGUUGUCCCCCAUCCUCUCCCCUAUGACCUCUCGUGUGUCCAGCCCCCAGCUCAGCCGGCGUCCUCUCGCUCGAGAAAGACCGAAGUAUGAAGACAGAACAAGGGAUGUGGAAGAGGGGAGAGGGAAGAAGAACUGCCUCGUCCAACGGGCCGGGGGUAGGGAUGGAGGAGGCGGAGAGUCAUCGGUCCCCGAGCGAGCAACACCUGAGAAGAGCGGGGCCAGGAAGAGAGUGGCAUGGCUGGACCUGAAGCUAAAUGAGCAGAACCAGAGUGACAACCAGAACCAGGACAGCUUCAGUGGGUCCAAGACCGGUGUUUCCAGUUGGUCGUCAGUGCUGUCCUCAGACGAGGCCCUGCAGAGACAAGAGGAGAUCUGGCAGAGAGAGGUGGAGGAGUCCUUGUCCUUCUGCAGGUCCCUGUCCCGGCCUUCUCGCCCCAAACACGUCGACUUCCUCAGGAUCACACCCCUAGAUGAUGACAUCAUCAGCGACUCCCCGAUCCCUCCACAGUUUUCAGAGGUGUCCGCCCCGGGAGAUGGAGAGGACCGGUCCACCCCAGGACGGCUGCAUGCUAUCUGGCCCCCAACCAAGGAGGAGAAGGUGGGGCUGAAAUACACGGAAGCAGAACACCAGGCAGGCCUCCUGCAGCUGAAGAGAGAAUGCAAAGAGGAGGUGGAGAAGCUACAGGACGAGUUUAGGAAACAGCUGAGUCAGGAGAGAGGGGACAGCGAGGAGCGUGUGUACCGCCUGGAGUGCACUCUGGUCCGGCUUCAGGGUGACCUAGCCCGGGGCCACCGGUCCACCGACCGCCGGGACGUGGCCGUAUCCACCUCGGACGACCUCUCACCCCGGGGCUUCCGCACCGUGUGCGUCCAGACGGAUCGCCAGACCUUCCUCGGGACGGCUGAGCACGAGGAAGGAAGCGCCCGGAGCCCCCAGUCACCACGCAACGUGCCCAAGAGGCUGGACCUGUCUUCUAUCGGUCUAAAUCUGUCUGGAAAGGCUCCCCCUCCCUCCUCUCUCCCUUCUGUCUCCCAGCUCCUCCCUUCUCCUCCUCCUCCCCCCCAGUCACAACCUAUUCCCCUUCAAGCAGUUCCCUCAGACAAAACUGGUCCUCCGCCACCUCCUGUACCUCCUCCACCCCCUCCACCUCCUCCUCCAUUUGCGAACCAGACCCGGGGACUGGAUGGCCUCCCUCCACCCCCUCUUCCUCCACCCAUGCCAGGUCACGUCCCCCCUCCCCCCCCUCCCCCCCCACCAGGCUGCGGUCCCCCACCACCUCCUCUUCCGGGGGGUCUUAACCUCUUUGGGUUGAUGGAUGCGUCCCCCAGGAAGCCGGCUGUGGAAACGGUCUGCCCCAUGAAACCCCUCUACUGGACCCGGAUCCAGAUACAGGACAACAAUAGCAACACACUGUGGAACUCUCUUGAGGAACCAGACAUCCUCAAUGCCCCAGAGUUUGAAGAGUUGUUCUCUAAGUCCACAGUGCAGACCAAGAAAAAACCUCUGGCAGACGCCUAUGAGAAGAAAGCCAAGGCCAAGAAGAUCGUUAAGCUUCUGGAUGGGAAGCGAUCACAGGCCGUGGGCAUUCUCAUCUCCAGUCUGCACCUGGAAAUGAAGGACAUUCAGCAAGCUGUGCUGGCUCUGGACAACUCCGUAGUAGACCUGGAGACCAUUCAGGCGUUGUACGACAAUAGAGCCCAGCCUGAUGAGUUGGAGAAGUUGAAGAAGUAUUGCGAGACCUCUGAGGAAAAACUCCUGGACAAACCGGAACAGUUCCUGUAUGAGUUGUCUCGGAUCCCAGACUUCCCAGGCAGAGCUUCAUGUGUAAUCUUCCAGUCUUUCUUCAAUGACAGCAUUGCCUCCCUACAGCGAAAGCUGGACAUCAUCAUUCGGGUCUGCACGUAUCUGCUGGAGAGGGCCAGCGUGAGGGAGGUGAUUGGUCUAAUUCUAGCUCUGGGGAACUACAUGAACAGCGGCAGCAGGACUAGAGGGCAGGCUGACGGCUUUGGACUGGAGAUCCUGCCCAAGCUAAAGGAUGUCAAGAGCAGGGACAAUCGCAUCAGCCUGGUUGACUACGUGGUGUCAUACUAUCUACGAAACCUGGAUGAGAAUUCCGGAACGGAGAGAAGUGUCUUCCCGCUUCCCGAGCCCCAGGAUGUAAUCCUGGCCGCCCAGGUCAAGUUCGAAGAUGUCACCAAGGAUCUCAGACAGCUGAGGCGAGACUUGACAGUGUGUGAGAAGGGUGUGCAGAAGGUGUGCUCUGGCUCGUCUCAGGAAUAUCUCCAGCCAUUUAAGGACAAGAUGGAGGCAUUCCUUCUGACUGCACAUAAAGAACUGCAAGAAGUGGAUUCCCAGUUGAUGUUUGCACAGAAACGUUUCCAAGACUUGGUGAAGUUCUUAGGCCUGAAGCCCAAGACCGGAAAGGCAGAGAUGGAAACCGGUCUCUUCUUCAUGCUUUGGUUCGAGUUCUGUUCUGAUUUUAAGACCAGGUGGAAGAGGGAGAACAAGAAUAUCUCCAAAGAGAGGCUGAAAGAGGCCCAGCUCUCAGUGAAAAAGAUCACUGCCGACAAGAGUGUGGAGACGAGGAAGGUUAAACCAAACAGUCUGAAAGAGAGACUGCGCCAGAAAGAAGCGAGCAUGGUGACCACCAGCUGAAAGGCAGAGCAAGGUAGGGAAGACAUCGAGGAGGAGACUGAUGGGCGGAUGUGGACAUGGACUGGUCCCUGAGCCACCUACACAGCCAGGACAAAGAUGACCGUGCCGGCCUCUAGUCCCUGCCCUCCUCCUGAUGGAUCAAACCUGGAACACUGUUCUCCAUAUUUUUCACCUGCCCCUGCCGGACACCAGAGGAAUCAGAAUCGCCUCCACUCACCAAGUACAAUCAUAUAUUCUCAGACUUUUGCUUGAUUGUUUUGUCCUAGGUAAUUCUAGUGGUAGACAACAUGUAGGACAGCAUAUACAACAGAGACACUUUACACCAAAUCUACUUGAGACUACAAUUUUUUAAUUUGUGUACAGUAUGCUUUAAAGUAACUACAGUUUUGGGGACAUUUGCUGAUUUACAUUCCUCAUAAGGUGCUUGUAAAAGGAGACAUUUACUGACCAAUGCCAAGCUAGCAACACAACGACGAUAAUUAAUAUUUCUUGUUCUUUUCUUAUGGAUUCAUUUAUACUUUUACAAAUGGGAUUUUCCUAAUUAAAGAAAGUAUGUUUUUUUAAUUCAA